UCAUCUACAUGCAUGUGCAUCGCUGGAAACCGGCGCAAGCUGUCCCUGUGCGUGUCGCUAAGCGGCAUGCUGAGGAUGCUCCCUCUGGAAGAGCCCUGUUGCGCAAUUGGAAUCCUCUCGAGAAAGCGAGUCGUCGGCUACAUUAGCUCGCUCCAGAGGUGCGCAAAGGCAUCCAUCGUACUGUCCGCGGACAGGUAUAUGGGCCACGAUUUUCGCUGGCAACAACAUUCGUGUUUCCUUCCAAAUGAAGACAUCAUCAUUUACGGCCAUUCUCCGGCAUUUUUACAACUUUCAUGCAUGGUUUGCCGGAGAACAGGGUAUCCAGGAUUCACAUGCCUUGCAGCGAGAUGUUCACUCUCAUGGCGAAGACCAAAAAGCGGUUCAAGCUGCCGGACUUCUGCAUCGUUCACACGUCGCUGGAGCAGAUCUUCGUGAGUGUGACACACAUGGAGUCCGGCGAAACGACCACUGCAGCCGUGACAAAGUCGUCCAAUGUACCUGGACCGACGCCGAGUAUCUAGACGCCACCAGCAGUGAACUACGAGCAUAUGACAGUGCAAUCUCGACGCAUAUGGGCGCACCUAGUGGCGAGGGCUGGUUCCAAGUGUAGCCUGGAGUUUCCCAUGACAACAGCCAAGAUCUCCUUCUUUCUGGUGAUGCCACUGAAGAAAAGAAAUGCGGGGUAGCCACCGCGACCGUAGAUGGCAAGGAUGGGAUGAGCCCAUAUGCUGUACUUGACCGUCAUUCUGAGAAUAAACGCGAGG